GGCAUCCUCCGGGUAAAAAUCACGCAGAAGAUAAAGCCAUCCUGAUUCCCUCCCACUCGUCCCCAUCCCAGAUCUGUCUAUUAUCGUCUCGACCCUCACUGUGAAUCCAUCAUCGCCGAAUUCCUCUCCCCUCACCUCCGCCAAGCAGGCCCUCACCGUCGCCACGGCAGUCGCUGCCUCUCUCCAAAUCGUCGUCGACCCGAGAGUUUCCUCCAUUGAGCAGCAACAUCAUGGCAGAGACCAUAGAUUUAUCAGGAGAUGGAGGUGUUCUUAAGACGGUGGUUAGAAGAGCUAAGGAUGAUGCUAUAAGCCCGUCUGAUAGCCUUCCGUUGGUUGAUGUUCAUUAUGAAGGGACACUUGAAAAUGGUGAAGUUUUUGACACCACGCAUGAAGACAAUUCUAUUUUUUCAUUUGAAGUUGGUCAGGGAGCUGUCAUUAAAGCCUGGGAUCUAGCCUUAAGAACUAUGAAAGUUGGUGAGGUUGCAAAACUAACAUGCAAGCCGGAAUAUGCGUAUGGAAGUGCAGGCUCACCACCAGAGAUACCAGCAAAUUCAACCCUCAUUUUUGAGGUGGAGUUACUGGCAUGCAAGCCAAGGAAAGGUUCAAGUCUGGGCAGUGUAUCUGAUGAGAAAGCCAGGCUAGAGGAACUUAAGAAACAGCGUGAGCUAGCUGCUGCUACCAAAGAGGAAGAGAAGAAGAAGAGAGAGGAAGCAAAGGCUGCAGCAGCAGCUCGUGUGCAAGCCAAACUUGAUGCAAAGAAGGGAAAGGGAAAAGGAAAGGGCAAAUAGGUUUAGAACUGAUGUAAUUAUAUUUGGCGUUGAGUGCAGACUAUAUUGUAACCUAGAAAAUAAUCUUAAUACAUCACACUGUAAGAUUGCUUAUCGGCUAUUGUUCCACACUGGCCGUACUGAAAACACUAAAUAAUUGCAGCAAUCUUUAGCUUUCACAUAA